AUGGAUGGUCCCUCAAGCCUGACAAAUCAGUUCGUCCAACUCUUCAAGCUGAUAGAAAUUCUCAUGCCUCGUUUCGCUCACUUCCUCCGGAAAAUGGAGGCAACAUCUAUGAACUUCUGUUUUAAGUGGUUCCUCAUUAUCUUUAAACGCGAGUUCUCGUACGACGACAUCAAGAUACUUUGGGAGGCUCUUUGGAGCGACUCCGCUCCGAAGAAUUUCCAGCUUCUUAUCGCUGUUGCUAUUUUUGAUGCCGAGGCUGACAGCAUAAUGCGGUCUUGUAGUGACAUCAGCCAAAUCCUUCAGUACAUCAAUGGCCUCAGUGAGAAGAUCAACCUGCAGAUGGUCUUGAGCCGCGCUCAGGGAAUUUACAAUCAACUGACAGAAGUGAAAGACCGUCUACCCAGCGAGGUAGCCAUAACUCUUGGAUUUGUUCCUGCACCCUCCUCGGCUUCUGACGGUGAUUAUCGGGGAGACAGCGAUUUUCUACCCGUAGAUGAUUGUGACUUCAUUCUAGAGACCGCGACCUCUCAGAUGGUCGAUGCGGAGGUUGGCGAAGAAGCCACUGAUCAAGAUGGAUCUUACGCAAACUACAGUGCUGGAGAGUCGCCCACCGACACUUUCCUGUAG